ACCGCUCUGUAAUUAAAACUAAGUACAAAUAACCCGCGAUGAAUAUCAUUAGUUUAGAUGAUGAAAAUAAAACAUCAUCAAACCUUGAUGAAGUAAAUAGUCCUAGGAAGAAAUUGCGUUUGGAUAACUCAGCGCGUAAAACUUGGAGCCUAAUGGAUAUAAAAUCAGAUCAAGAGGUUUUUCAAGAGAUGGGUGUUAGUCUUUUAGAACAAGAUGAUACGGAGAAUACAUGUGAAGUUACACAUAUCACUUCACACAAACCAAAUCUAAAACGUAAACACGAUAUAGAAAAUGUGAAUCCAAACAUCAACAGUUCUUCCCCGAGGAGUAGGUACAGCCCUAAGAGUCCUAAGUUGAAGAAAUCCAGUACUAGUCCCGGACCUUCUAAAGCUAAGAGCCCGUGGAGUCCUGACAAGACUAAACAUGAUUUGGAAACAACUUUACUAUCAAAUUAUCUUAUAGAAGAAGAGACCCCAUUGGCUCAGAUCACUCAGUACCAGCCGCAGGGUACUGGGUUCGUAUCUAACACGUCUACUGGAAAGAAGAGUUAUACACCUCUAGGUCUAGAAGAAGAGUUAAUAAUAAAUAGGAGAACAAAAUCAGAGCCGACAGGUUGUGAUACAUUCUCAGUGUUGUCAGAUGAGAUGAUUUUAAGUGUUUUUAAAUGGCUACCUAAGAGAACUUUGGCUCAUUGUAUGCUGGUUUGUAAACGAUGGUACAGGUUGGCCUGUGACGAAAGUCUAUGGCAGCGUUUAGAUCUAGGCAACAAAGUGCUCUCUAAAGACGCCCUAGGCAGAGUCCUAGCAAGGAAACCUAUUAUAGUCAGACUUGCUAGUACUGAGAUAGGCGAAUGGCAUCCUACAACAGCGAUCACACAAUCUAGAAUACAAUAUCUAGAUUUGAGCAUGUGCUCAGUAGACCAGAAGACCUUAGACAGUCUACUGGAGCGAUGUUCUUCUCUAAGGAAGCUCAGCUUAGAGAGUGUUCAACUUCAUGACAGUACUUGUAAAAUUAUCGGUAAAUGUAAGAAUUUAGAAACAUUAAAUUUAACAAUGAGCAAAAAUAUUACAGCUGAAGGUUUAGAAGAAAUACUCAAAGGAUGUGUUAGUCUGCUGUCACUGAACAUAUCUUGGUGUAACCUGAAUCAGGAGUCAUUACAAGUAUUAGUCAGCUGUCUACCUCAGAAACUGCAGCGACUGAACAUUGGCGGAGCUAGGAUUAUGACCAAUGACAUGGUACAAAAAUUAGUAGAACGAUGUCCAAGAUUACUAGAAUUAGACUUAUCUGACUGCUCUCAGUUAUCAGCGGCGUCUGUUAAGUCUGUGCUGAACCUGUCCUGUCUGGAGCAUGUCGCACUCAGCAGAUGCUAUCUACUACCGCCGCAUGUUCUCACAAAACUAGGAAGUAUGUCUUCCUUACAAUACCUAGAGGUAUGGGGUAUGUUACAAAGUGGUUCACUAACAGCUCUACGAGCAGCACUACCCGGUAUGCAGAUCAACCAAUUCAUGUUCAGCGCAAUAGCUAGACCUACAGUUGGUGCUAGACGGACAUCUAUUUGGGGAUUACGUACAAGAGACUGAUUUAAUAUUAUUUAUAUGCGCAGCCUUUUCGUUUACACUGCUAAAACAUGUAUAGAAACAUACAAAUAUAUAUUUUUACCUUAUAUACCUCAAGUUAAAGAUAGCUAGGAAUUUUUAUAUAAGUACUGUUGGCUAUUUUUUCUUAAAGUUAAAUUAUAAAUUUUC